CUCGGUUCUCUGUGGCUUCCAGGACGUCCUGAGGCCGCACCCACGUGGCGCCGGUGCCUGCCGCGCCGCCCCCCGGAGCCCACACCGCCAGCGGGGCCUCGGGCUCCAACCCGGGACCAGGCCGCGCCGCGCCCCUUCUGCGCGCGUGAGCGGCGGCGCGGGACCGGCAGGCCUCGGGCGUCCGGGCCGGGGGCGGGGGCGCGGGGGGGGCCGGCGGCGGGGCCGCGCCCUCGGCCACUCCCCGGGGCCCCCGGGCGGCUCCACACGCGCGGCCCCGUCGUCCGCGCCGCGGCCCCGCAGGAUGAAGAAGGACGAGUCGUUCCUGGGCAAGCUGGGCGGCUCCCUGGCCAGGAAGCGGCGGGCGCGCGAGGUGAGUGACCUGCAGGCAGAAGGCAAGAAUGCCAUCAACUCGCCGACGUCCCCUGCCCUGGCGGAUGUUCACCCUGAAGACACCCAGCUCGAGGAGAAUGAGGAGCGCACGAUGAUCGACCCCACCUCCAAGGAUGACCCCAAGUUCAAGGAACUGGUCAAGGUUCUCCUCAGCUGGAUUAAUGAUGUGCUCGUGCAGGAGAGGAUCAUCGUGAAGCAGCUGGAGGAAGAUCUCUAUGACGGGCAAGUGCUGCAGAAGCUCUUGGAAAAACUGGCAGGAUGCAAGCUGAAUGUGGCGGAGGUGACACAGUCGGAAAUAGGGCAGAAACAGAAGCUGCAGACGGUGCUGGAAGCAGUACAUGACCUGCUGCGACCCCGUGGCUGGGCGCUCCGGUGGAGCGUGGACUCAAUUCACGGGAAGAACCCGGUGGCCAUCCUCCACCUGCUGGUCUCUCUGGCCAUGCACUUCAGGGCUCCCAUCCGCCUUCCCGAGCAUGUGACUGUGCAGGUGGUGGUGGUUCGGAAGCGGGAAGGCCUGCUGCAUUCCAGCCACGUCUCAGAGGAGCUGACCACAACCACAGAGAUGAUGAUGGGCCGGUUUGAGCGGGACGCCUUCGACACGCUCUUCGACCACGCCCCGGACAAGCUCAGCGUGGUGAAGAAGUCUCUCAUCACGUUUGUGAACAAGCACCUGAACAAGCUGAAUCUGGAGGUGACGGAGCUGGAGACCCAGUUUGCAGAUGGUGUAUACCUGGUUCUGCUCAUGGGUCUUCUGGAAGACUACUUUGUUCCUCUCCACAACUUCUACCUGACGCCGGAAAGCUUCGAUCAGAAGGUCCAUAACGUGUCCUUCGCCUUUGAGCUGAUGCUGGACGGAGGCCUGAAGAAACCCAAGGCCCGCCCUGAAGACGUGGUGAACUUGGACCUGAAAUCCACACUGCGGGUUCUUUACAACCUGUUCACCAAGUACAAGAAUGUGGAGUGACGGGGGACAGUGCUGCGGACGGUGGCAGGAGUGACCAGCAGGAAAAGCAGCGUCUGUCUGUGCCCUGUGCCUUUCCAGGGAGGCAGGCGCCGGGGGCUUCUGGUCCCAGCUGUGUGACUGUCAUCCCCACCCCACCCUUACCCCCCUCUACCCUUAACCCACCCCCAA